AUGAGGUUAUUCUCUGCGGCUAUCCUCGCUCUGACUCCCAGCGCCAAGACUCUGACCGGUAAGAUAGUCAUCCCCAGACUGGUCACGAACGAAGAGGGAGCAGUCGGCAAGAGUUGGUGGUACACUGAGGAAAAAAAUCCGUUCGGAGCCGAUUGGAAACGUCGCAAUUUGAACUUGACAAAAACAGUAAUCGAGGUUAUCCCCAUCGGGCAAUCGGAACCCAGUGCGCGGAUACAACCAGACUCCGACGGAUCCUUUAUCACACCCGACGUCAAGUCAGAUGUGCUGAUUCGGGCUUCACACCCAGCGUUCAUUUUUGAGUCAGCUCUUAUAUCAGUGGACGACAUUAACCCGUCAUCAGAUGAACAAGACAUAAGCAAUGAUGGCGUAAUUAGUGAUGGUGUAGAAGGUGAUAGGUUGCAUAUAUUCCGAGUUGAGCCGCACGAAGGUGUGAAGCGAAAGUUGAAGCGAUCUGGGGAAUUGGUGUUACCGGCGACAAAGAUUCUUUCCCCUUAUUCGAACCCCAAAGCCUUCUCUGUUUGGUCCUUGGUUAAGAAUCCCAUUGUUCUCCUGGGAGGAGGUAUGCUCUUCAUUUCCUAUGGGUUGCCUGCUCUCACUAAGGGCAUGGAUCUGGAUAAGCUUCGCGAAGAAGCGGGCAUUGCUUCAACCGGUCCCAGUCCGUUCACAGGUUCUUUUAUCCCACUCAUCAAGCAUAACCACAAAGACUAA